ACUUUCCCAGCCGCAGAAAGGAUCCGCUAAUUGACCUGCAGCUGUGCCCAGGAGCAGUUAACUUCUGGUUUAGGCUGAGCUUGUGCCCAUUUACAGUCAUAAGUCCUUACACCCUUAAAGGGACAGAGCAGAUUGGAACCAAACAAUACACCUUGAAGAAUAAGAAUGGCACCAGGAAGUACUGGGAUUUCAUGAAAACACACGACAGUGUGUCUGUCUUGAUCUUCAAUUCCACACGGGAAUCCUUUAUCCUGGUCAAGCAGUUCCGUCCAGCUGUCUACAUGUGUGAGUGUGCAAGGCAAGGAAUCUUACCAGCCCUCAUGACAACUGGAGAUGACUCCCCUGAGUCACAGGUACCAACCGAGCUCCUGCCUGCUUCUGCUGGUGUGACGUACGAGCUUUGUGCCGGAAUUGUCGACAAGCCGGGGCUUUCACUGCAAGAAAUAGCUAAGGAAGAGAUCCUGGAGGAAUGUGGCUAUAAUGUGCCGGCGGAAAACUUGCAGAAGAUUACUUCGUACAGGUCCGGUGUUGGCGUGACAGGAUCCAAACAUACCAUGUUUUAUGUGGAGGUUUCAGAUGACCUGCAUGUAGGAUCGGGUGGAGGAGAGGCAAAGGAAGGAGAGCUGAUCGAAGUGGUUCAGGUCCCCGUGAAAGACUGGCAAACGUUUGUAUUUGAUGAGCUCAUCCCAAAAACAGCUGGGGUGAAUUUUGCUUUCAUGUGGUUUCACAACAAUAUCAUCCCUCAGUUACAGGCAGCCAAAUGCCUGUCAUCAUCCUCUUGAUGGGGAUGUCAGAGUCUUUCUUGAUGAACCACGGCCGACAUUCAAAAUGGGAUAAUCAGCAUCUGGACCCCCGUCAAAAUCUCCCAGUUUCAGGGGUCCUUUUAAAAUUCAAAUACUUAUGAAGAUUUAUAAUCCACUUUAAGGCAUUUUUAAAGUUACUAAUCUCCAGUUCUGAUGGUUUCAUUCUUUCCUUUUGUGUGAGCUCUUUAUGAUACCCCUGCAGGGUGUUGACUCUGAGGAGUUUCUGAUCCUGGUCAGAGGGACCUUUUUAUUUUGAGUCAUUUAUGGGAUACGGGCACCGCUGGCUAAACCAGUAUUUAUUGCCGAUCCUUAGCUUCCCUAAUUCGCAGAAGAGCAGGGGAAUUUUCUCCUGGCUCAAUAUUCAUCCCUCAGCCAACAUCACUAAAAACAGAAAUGAAAACAAAAAUUGCUGAAAAAUCUUAGCAGGUCAUUUCCAGCAUCUUGAUUUCAUCUCUGAAAACACAUUAUCUGCUCAUUAUCACAUUUCUGUAUGUGGCACAAACUGGCUGCUGCCUCUCCAACGUUACAGCAGUUAAUUUUUUCAUUUACUCAUGGGAUGUGGGCCUGGAGUUAGAUGAAGGCCAGACCAGAUGAAGGUGGCAGAUUUCCUUUCCUAAAGGGGCAUUAGUGAACCAGAUGGGUUUUUAUAACAAUAGUUUCAUAGUCAUCAUUAGCCUUUUAAUUCCAGUUUUUUUACUCCAUCUGCCAUGGUGGGAUUUGACCCCAAGUCCCCAGAGCAUUACCCUGGGUCUCAGGAUUACUAGUCUAGCAACAAUACCACUACACCAUCACUUCUCCCACACCAGUGAUUACACUUCAAAAGUACUUCAUUGGCUGUAAAGUUCUUUGAGGCUGGGAAACGUGUGUAAUGUUUGUUUGACCCCUUCCUUUAUACUGUCACUGAGACGUUGGUUUGAGGCCCAGGCCACAGGCAAAGGAAUGGAAAAGAAGUAGGGCCUUUCCUGUAACACGACCUUGGGCUUCAGGGCAUGGCAACAUGCUUCAUGUUGGGAGCCAUUUAAUUACUCAAGAUUAAGACUCACCUGUACCCAGAGGCAUGUGGCAGUCUUACGCUGUGUGUCCUUUCAGAUAAAGAGCCGGUCUUAUCGUCAGCUGGUGUCACACGGGUAAAUUCUGUAAGACUGAACAGAAACUGUAGCCCUCCCUCACCUCUUAGCAGUUGGAUUCCUUGCCUUGACUGGAAAGAGGCUCUAGAAUCCUCACUUCUCAUUCCUUUCUGAUAACAUCUGCACAGCAGUCUGCUGGCCUGGUGAAAGGACCAGCUUGCGGCUAGGAAGAGGGAGCCUAUGAAUGAGUUGUUAGGAGUGAAUCUUGUGUGCAUAUUGACCCAGGCCACAUCUCCUAGGGUCCCCUUCUGUUUAUAGGGGCCUGCUCAUGAUCAUAUUAGCCAUCCCAAGUGUAAUUCAAUGUGGAAAGACUCCUAUUAAAAAAAAGUAAUCUAUUAA